AUGUACGUCUACGAGACGAGAUCGCGUUUGCGAGUUGCGAAUCGCUUCCGGUCGUUCGCAAUCGUCGUCGUCGUCUUAUUGCUGAACUCUGUCGAUAUGAUAUCGUUGCCUUGCCGUCGUCGUUUCGUCAACGAGUCUCUGAAGCGGCUCCAACAAAGUGGGCCAGCUUCCAGACCGCCGGGCGAACGAGCGAACGAACGAACGAACGAACGAACGGGCCGACGGAAGGACGAAUGGACGGACGACGAGUUGUUUGACGCCCGUCCGCUCAGCUGCUGCUGA